AUGAGCUCUUCCCCACCGGAAGCCGACGAGGCUCCGGACCUGGUUUGCCGGCUGGACAGCGUCCAAGGAAUGGUGGACGCCCUCUCCUCCGUCAGGUGGAAGCGCAACCAGGUGCCCCCCCUCCUCCUCUGCACGAUCUUGCUGUGCUCGCUUGGCUGUUAUCUGCACCUAUAGGGUUUGCUGUCCCUUCCUUCCAACGUCUGUUUAUGAUUUUUGGAAAAUGUGAGCAGGACGCAUUGGUAGAGAUUUCGGAGCAUGGAAUUGUUCUGAUCGUGGAGGAAGCAGGCUGUCUGCAGGCCAAAGUCUACCUGAAGCGUGAGGUAAAUCUAUUGACGAAGCCAUUUGCCUCAACUCUUCCGUUGAGCAUAGAGCAUUAUUUUCCUUCUGAUUCUUCUUCCCUCUGGUCUCUCGAUUUCUACCGUUAUAAUUGCGCAGUAUUUCUAAGUACUCUCUUCCUUGGUUACUUUCAAGGAAUUACUUACCACUCUUGUCAGGACUCUACCUAAAUCGAUAGAUAAAUUAAUUGUGGGAGGCAUUUUUCGUUCUCCCGUUUGAUCAUGGAUUUUUUUUCUCUUCCGCUUUUUUCCCAUCGAUUUCUUAAUUACUUCCAUUAUAACUACAUGGUACUGAAUUUUUUUCUUUCGAAAAAAAUUCUGUAUUGUUGAUGCAUUUUGAAUUUGCAGCUGUUUCUGACCUAUGAAUACAGCGCAGAGGGGCGCCCAAGGUUUGGACUGAGUCUGGGGCUGCUCGUUGAUUGCCUGAAUACAUUCUCCUCUCCAGGGCAUGCCCCCGUGAUUGAAAUCCUGUACCCUGGCCCUGACAUGCAACUCAUUCUCAAGUAAGACUCAUCCUCUCUCUCUCUCUCUAUCUCUUCAUCUUUGUACAUACAUACGCCCACAAUCAUUUCAUGUGCUAUGAACUUGUUCCUGUGAAAGAUUGUGAGGUAGGCCUUCCUGUUAGUACCUAUGCCUUUUUUUCAGCCAGUAGAUUGCUGCCUUCUUCCUUCUUCACACCAAUAUAUAGCUAAGAAUCCUCAAUAAGCCGUUUAUGCUAUUUGGCAGAUACAGCUCUUGCUUGACAAUGCAGCACUGCAUUGAUAUUCUUCAAACAGAUAAUAGCUGACUAGAGUUGUACUAUAUUAGUGUUAUAAUUUCUUUCUGCAUUCUGAGACGUGCCUUUCCCUUCGAACACUGAUUUAGAAGAUGGCUGACUUAGCUAGUUUUUUCAUGCCGAAAGUGCAAUGGUUUGAUUUUGGGGCUGGAUUUUUUUUUUUUUACUCUAAAAGAUCUGGCCAAAGCAUACUUCACCGAUGGAAACCAUAGCUGUGAUUAAGAUCUUGACUAUCCACUUGCAGGCUCUGAUCCCACAAUCUUGUUCAUCAGGUCGGUGGACUCAGUUGAUGUAUGCAUUUAUGCCGAGAUCAGAACGAGGAUAGCGGACACAAUUUCUUGGGACUGUGAUUUUGGACCCAGCAGGAAUAAUCCUCUCAGUUUCACCAUUAAGGUAACAUAUUCUGCAUAUUUCGUUGACUCACCAAGCAGGAGUUUCACCAGCUUUUUUUUCUAUAAUAUUUUACUGGGAUUAUACACACUUUUCUUCUUUAAUGUUAAUUGCUUCUACUGGCAACAAUCCCAGACAGCAUCUCUGAAGGAGGCGAUUGAUGAUCUUGAAUGGCCCAGUUCUACCAUCCAGAUACUGCUACAGCCAGAACCUUCCUCUGUCGUGUUCAAGGGUGAAGGUCAUGGGGACUUGCAGGUUCAAUAAUUCUAUCUCCGGCUGUUAUUUUACUAAAUUGAGUCUACUAUAACCUCCCAAUAUCCACCAACCUCACUGAUCGACGAUCAUCUGGCUGGCAGAUCGAGUUUCCAUAUUAUGCGAAUUCAGAUCUUCUGAUCACGUUCCAGUGUGAUCGUCAAGUUUCAUACAGGUGGCUCCUCCUGUAUUAAUCUCAUUAUUGUGUCAUUAAGAAAUACACGGCCUUUUUGGUACUUGCAAAUAAAAAAUAAAAAAUCUCGGCCGUCUCCGUAUGAACUCACGCCGUUAGAUUGGUGAAUGGGAGCGCCAGUACAGAUUUUUGAUAAUUUUUCUUGCACAGAUACAAAUACAAGUUCCUCCGAGCUACGACUUCCAACAUUGCAGGAAGCGUCUUGAAAGAUAAUAGGGGAAGUAAGCUGACCUUCGGGAGGGGUGGAAUGCUGAAGAUCCAGCAUCUGGUGUCUGUCGCUAGGCCCGGGAUUCACCAUCCUCAUCACAGUGACUUUUCGGGGCUUCAGCAAUCCGCUAGAAUUGCUUACAUCGAGUUCUAUGUCAAACCAGAGGAAGAUGAAUGA